UCCGCCAUCUUAAAAACAAAUAUCAAACAUCACACAGGACCCGUCUAGUUUUUGUUCGUUUUUUCUUAUUUCUCGUAUUAGUUCUAUUCAUUUAAAAUGACCUCCCUUACGCAACGUAAAGGUGGAGCUGUUAGUCGCCGAUCCAACAAGGAUGGUGCAGAGGGAGGGUCCAAUUUCGACGAUGAAAAUGACUUGCCGAGAGAGGAUAUCGAGGAGGAGGAGAGGGACUCGAAAGAGACACGUCUAACACUCAUGGAAGAAAUCCUUCUCUUAGGAUUGAAAGACAGAGAGGGCUAUACCUCAUUUUGGAACGACUGUAUAUCUUCGGGUCUUCGAGGAUGCAUAUUGAUAGAGCUGGCUCUAAAGGGUCGUGUUGAGGUUGAGAAGGCUGGAAUGAGGAGGCGAAGCCUGCUGAACAGGAAGGUGCUGUUAAAGAAUCCGGCACCAUGCGGGGACAUCCUCCUGGAUGAGGCACUCAAACACAUCAAAGAGACGGAACCUGCUGAGACGGUUCAGUCUUGGAUUGAAUAUCUCAGUGGUGAAACUUGGAAUCCGUUGAAGUUGAAAUACCAACUUAGAAAUGUUCGAGAAAGGCUAGCCAAGAAUCUGGUAGAAAAGGGCGUUUGUACAACAGAGAAACAAAACUUCCUCCUGUUUGAUAUGACGACUCAUCCCCUUGUCGACUCUGUGAUAAAACAAAGACUAGUUAAGAAAGUUCAGGAUGCUGUGUUAAGUCAGUGGACAAAUGAUGCACACAGAAUGAACAAACGCAUGUUGUCCCUUAUUUAUCUUGCUCAUGCAUCCGAUGUGUUGGAAAAUGCCUUUGCACCUCUGUCAGAUGAUGACUAUGACUUGGCUAUGAAGCGUGUUCGAGAGCUCUUGGAUCUGGACUUUGAUGCAGAGUCAAUGAAAGAAGGCACAAACGAGACAAUGUGGGCAGUUAUUACUGCUUUUAGCAAAUGAGUGUUUAUCCGAAUGACGGCAGAUCAUGUAUAUACAUUUUGGGAGAAGUAAUCAUAAGAUUAAAGUGGGAUUAAGGUUAUUUAUCACUUAAGCUUAUUUUAUAUCAUGUUUAAAAACAUGAUAUAUAUCAUGUUUAAAAACAUGAUGUUAUCUGUAAGACUUUAUGGAAUGAAAUCUUGUGGUAUUGGAAACAGCAUGAAUAAAUGUGGGACCAAACUACUGAAUCAUAGAACAGCUUAAUGUAUAUUUAUCUUCAUUUUUUAUGUGUGCUUUAUAACAGAAAUAUACAUCAGUUGUAGCAAUGUUAUACAUUGGAACUAUCCAAUACCACAAGUUAACAGCUUGUGGUUGUGCAGUUCUUCCUGGUGCCCUUCUUGUAUGUUAUGUUAUAAAGAACAUAUACUGAAUCAGAUGAAGGCAUUAUCAUUGUUUUAAAUGUCUGUAUUACUAUAUUUGUGAUUCAAAAUGUUUAAACAGCAGAGUGUGAUUCAGAGUUUUCAAAAAUUGUAACUGUCAUCAUCAUCAUCAUCAUCAUGAUGGCGGACAUAAAGAUUGUUUAAAGCUUCAUGUGGCACUGAAGACAAGUUGAAAACAUGUGUUGCAGGUUCAUGUUCCAAUUGUUGUUGAUGCUUUGUCUUGACAGUUGUUGAACAAUAUCUACAUUAUACAUUAUACAUAAAAAUACACACACUUCGGUUUACACAUGUUCAUGUACACUUACUAUAUAUGUUUUAUGAUCUUCUUGUUAAAUUAUGAUUUCAUUAAUAUUUUGUUGAUUUAAAUGCUACAUAGAUAUGCCAUCGGUAUAUUUGUAACCACUAUCAUGACUAUGCAUGUUUCUGUACAUCUUGUAUUGCUGAUGCUGGUAGUGUUGCCCUUGAAGAAAAUGUUGCUACCGGUAUAAAGUGUUUGCCAUGUGUAACGAUUAUCUGUUAGUGAUUUGUAAGUAUCUAUUCACAGAAUCAAUAGGAUAUAUGCCCAUUGGUUUGUGUGAGAAUCAUGUAAGGGAGAAUGGUGCUUACUGUGAGCAACUUGCUGGCUGAAGUGAGCACAUAGUGUUAACACAUGCAGUUACUGUACAAAUACCGUUGGCUUAUUACUGGUGGGGUUGUUGUUGAAUUCCAGUUGUUAUUGAUUUGUGCUUGAUUUAUGUGAUACUGAUUGUUAUUGGUUAGAUUUUAAUUGCAUGAAAAGUAAUUCUCUCGCAGAAAAAUAUUCUAUUCCGAAUGAAUAAAUGGGUCUUGAAUGAUUGAUGUGUGAAUGGCUUGACUUGAUUAUGAUAUUUUAGAAAGGAAAACUAUGUAUAAUAUGGGGAUAUAAAUUAUAGUAAUUAACCAAUGUUUUUGUUACUUAUAUAUAGUUUAGAGGUUUAUUUUAGUGCAUUAUUGUUCUCAUGGAAAAGGCGGUCCUUUUACUAUAGGACGGUACACAAAUAUGCUUGUAAUUCAUAAUGUUUAUCUGCAAACAAGGAGUGUGGGUUGGAAAAGCUUGAAAAUACUUCAGUCCUUUCUUAUGAAAUGGUUUAAGGUUUUUACUACCGGUAAGCUUUUACCAAUUUAAAUUAGUUUGGCAGCACAGAGCUUUUUAUAAGAAUAAACACACAUUGCUUGUUGAACUGUGUAUUUGAAUAGCUCAAAUCCAGCUUUUCUGUCUGCCUUACCCACUGAUAGUUAAUUGAAGAGACUGAGUUGUUUUCCUUAUUUUACCUUGUAAACAUUUUGUUUUUCUCUUUCUUGUAUAUCUCCAUCAUUUUCAUGUCUUUGUUAUGUAUUAUUUCUAAGGUAGCUGCUUAUUGGAUCAUUAAAAGAAGCUGAUGCAACAAUGGGGAGAAGCAACCAGAUUAAUGCAGCAUUCUAUUCUUUAAAAUCAGAAUGUUACUCUAGUAAUACAAUAUCAGACUUGUGUGUAUUAAGUUUUGUUGAAAAAGAAAACAUAAGAUGUCAUGAAACCAUUUGUUUCCCUGUUUGUUUGUUUUCAUGAACACUCAUUUGAAUGGACACCGAUUUAAACAAGAAUGUUAUGCAUUUAGGUGUUCACAGCUGGUUCUUCUUGAAGUUUGUAUUUUUUGUCUUUGACAAACUUACAGUGUGUCAGCUACUAUGAUACUAUCAGAUAAUUCACUAUUAUAGAAUCGUCAUAGGUUUCCUUGAAAUAUUGUAUUCUGUUUUGCAUAUUAUUUGCUUCAAAGUUACAGUGUAUGAACGAAUCCCUCAUAUUGGUUGGUGCAAACUUCAUAAGUUUUAUUAUACCAUUGGGAAAGUUUUAAAUAUUGUCAUUUAUACUGAAAAAGGUUUAUCCCCUGAUUAUUAGUACACAUGUAACAAAAUUAUAUGAUAUUUUUAAAGUAUUUGGCAUUUCAAUAACAUACAUUUUUAGUUUGUAUGGAACACUGUGUUCAUUUCUGCUGUCUAGAUGUAUAUAUUUUUCUAUGUUGCUAUUUACAUGAACAUGUGGAUUAGUAAGUAGACCAUUCCCAUCUCUUUGAUUUCUUUUUACUUAUUCUUUGGAGAUAUGCCAUUGUAUCUCACAGCAAUCAUGGGUGACAAUAUGUUGGAUAUAACUUGAAAUAAACAUUUUAAAUCAC